UGAUAUUUGAUACAACUGUAAAGAUCGGAACUUUAUCAAACGUAAAACCACCAAAUACGAACUGAUGAAUUUGUAAAAUACAAAACAGAGAUUUGCAGUAAAAAUGAUUUGGUAAUAUAAACGACCUACUUCCGUCAAACACAGUAAAGUGAAAAUUAUUUUUAAAGAGAGAUUUUACAAAAGUCAGUUAUAAAAGAAAACGAUAAAAUGCAAAAAAACGAGUUUACGUUUGAAGAAAUGAAGAAAGAGUUCAUUAUAAUGGACGAAGAGAUCAAAGAAAAAAACUUGGAAAUUGUUGCACUAAAAAAAGAGCUGGCCCAAAAAGUAAAGGCACUAGAUGAAAAGGAAGAAGCUGUUGUCAAAAUGAUUGAUCAAAUGGAAGAACUUCACGAGAAUCUUGCAGAGUUAGAUGCAAGGUUCGAAAGAUCGGAAAAAAUGAACUUACAACUAAAAGAAGAAAAAGAAGAAGCAAGAGAAGUUGUUGAAAAAGAACUGCAGGAACUAGAGCAUAUAGCAAAAAGCUCAGAAGAUGCUCUCGCCAAAAUAAAGAUUGAACUGAAUCAAACAAAAAAAGAAUUUCAAGAAUACAAAGAGGGUACGGAAAAAAAAAUAAACGACUUACGAAAUACUUUUAAACAGUUUAUUGAAAGAGCUGUUGAACCAGUAACAAAUUACUUGGAAAAAAAUAAAGGCUCAAAAAUUCCAAUAAAGAAAACAAAAGGGUACCGAUUGCUUAAAACUAUUGAGCUCGAUUUGCAAAAGAUUUUGAAUGAUGUAACAAGCAAUGCAGUUUAACAAAAAAUUAUUUAUUUUUGCUAAGAGAGAUUACCUGCAAAAUGGAAAAUAUCUAUGCUAUAUAUUGUUGCAGUUAAAUGAACAAUCGGUCAUUACAUAACAAAUGGUCAAUUAGAUUUAACCGAAAAACAUCAAAGGUACAUUGUACAUAUAUAAGUAGUAUAUAUAAGUAUAAGUAAAAAAAAUUCUUGCCGAUACAAUAA